AUGGAGGUUAAACAAGAAAAUGAUGAGAAUUUCAUUCCCAACUCACAUACUUCGACACAUCUAUCAACUGCAAUUUCCGGCUUGCAUCCAAAUAAGAAAGCGAAAAAGGAUCCAUUGGCACAAGCAAUUGGUGAGGCGGCAGACUCACAAAAGGAGUUUUGGGCAAGUCAAAUGAACCGCAACUCAGAGGAGAGGAUGUACUUGCAGUGGUCUCAAAGAUACUGA